CCUGCUUAUGUCGACGACAAAUACCUACCCCACAAGGUCCUUAAUAUCUAGGCAUCAACUGACCGCUUUCUGAUCCUACAGGACUAUGCCUAUUGAGAUCUUGGCGUUCUUGGAAUCUCAUUACCACUUGCCAUUGUUUUUGUUUUUGUUUUUUUUUACAUAUACAUGUCUUGAAGCAGAAGUAGGAUUCACAUCAUCCCACAAGAUCAGUGAAUCACCUGCUCCGCGCGGGGCAAUGCAACUACACUGACCCAGCGAUUACUUUUUACCUACUUGUCCCCAUUGAUUGCUUGCUGCAAAUUGCACCCCGUACUUUCAAGCUGAUACGAUUACAAAAGUUCGGCUGGUAAGCAGCCAUCAUGGAGUAUCUCCACUCCUUUGGAGGCAGCGCUUGGGACUUCAAGUUUCUGUCGCAAGUCACAGAACAUAUAUUUGCCAAGGAUGUAACACAGGAGCACCGCGCAGAGGUCACUUGGAUCCGCCAAUUGUCCUGGUUGGCCAAAACCGGUUAUCUUCAGAUAACCAUCACAAUGCUUUCCUUGUUGCUAGUUGCUAGGCAUUUGGUGCUUCGCUCGUGCGCAAAAAUCACAAGACCUGAAAGCAAAGCAUCCAGCUUCUCGUUGCCAUUCGAGCUCAGCGCUCAAGUCUUGCGCGCAGCAGCAUUGGCUUUCAUGGUGGUGACUGCUGUGCGUCAAGGUGGUAGAUGGGCCAACGUUGUCAUCUUGGCUUAUGUAUUUCUCCUUGGAUUGCUUAGAUUGGUGAACGACAUCGAAUGGAGACAUGUUGCGCUCCAUCAGGUGAAUUUCACUAUCCUCUGCGGUUGGAUUGUGAUCGCGGUUGCUGAAUUGCUUCCGACAAUCGAUGCAAAUUGGCAUUCGUCCGUGGACCCUAUGUUAAUUGCCAGCAUCGCAACGCUUACUGCUGCCGUCUUUGUGGCGUUCAUCACUCGAAGGGAAUGGAAACCACCUUCCUUAGAUCUAGACCUUCCCGAAAACGUCUCCCGGGAUCCAUCACCAGAGGAAACCUGCAGCUGGCUUGAGUAUUACGUGACUUACGAGUGGCUCACUCCUCUCAUGUUCCGUGGCACACGCCGCCAGAUGACAAUCGAAGAGUUGCCACAAUUGCCUUGGUACGAUGAGCCUCUUUUACUGCUCAGAAGAGUUCAGGAAGCCCGUAAAAAGAACCAGUCUACUAUCUGGACGCUAUUGCGGUUCCUUCCUCAAGAACUAGUAACCAUGUCCAUUUGGGCUGCUAUUUGCUUCGUGGUCGAGUUGAUAUCACCGUUUGCAAUGUACAACUUACUUGGGUAUAUCGGUGCCCCAGGGGCAGCAACAAUACGGCCAUGGGUUUGGCUUGUCUUGCUGUUCAUUGGCCCACUAUCUCGAUCUGUGGCUUUCCAGCAGUAUAUUUUUACUUCAACACGUCUGAUUGUUCGCGUUAAAGCUGCUUUGACUCAAGAACUCUACUAUAAGGCAAUGAACUCGAUGGAAUUGGAUGACGAAGCUUUCCAGGACGUAUCUUCGGCCGAAAAGCCAAAGGACGGGGAGAAGAAACAAGAAAACACGACAUCAACAGGCAGAUUGGCCAACUUGAUGAGCGCGGAUAUCGACGCUAUUACGAGCGGCCGGGAUAUUAUACUGGUGGGCGCAGGCCUACCGCCAGGCACAAUUGUGGCAUUCAUCGGGCUCUACAAAAUGCUUGAUUGGCCUGCCGCCGUAGGUGUUGGGAUCAUGUUGACUAUGUCGCCUAUUGGCGUUUUGAUCGCACAGCGGAUGGUGUCUCUUCAACGUGAUAUAAGAAAGAUCCAAGACUCCCGGAUAUCCGUCAUUACCGAAUAUCUAUCCUCGAUCAGGGCCAUCAAGUAUUUCGCUUGGGAGAAUGCGAUCAUCAACAAAGUUAAGGAGAUUCGACGUGGCGAGCAAAAGAAGAUUUGGAAAAUCAAUGUCAUGUUCAUGCUUCUUGGCGAGUUCACAGAGGCAAUCCCAAUUAUCUCCCUGCUUGUCAUCUUCAGUCUCCAUGUUGCUGUACGUCAACAGCCACUUACGGCGGACAUUGCCUUCACUUCUAUUACAUUGAUCAGGACAAUUCGCCGAAAUCUUGCCAUGAUGACUGGUAUGUCCAGAGGCAUAACGUCGGCCGGGGUAUCAAUCAAGCGUUUGGAUCGUUAUUUCAACAACGUGGUACCUCUUACACGCCAUUCUGUUGGAGCCCUUCGCGUAAGUAAUGCCACUGUCAGGCGUCACAAAAAGGCUGCAUUUUCGCUUAAUGAUGUUUCUAUUGAUUUCGUCGAGGGCGGCCUUAACGUGCUCGCUGGGCCUUCGGGCAGCGGCAAAAGUACUAUGCUUUUAGCGAUCCUCGGCGAAACUCUGGUCGAGAAAGGUAGCAUCACUUGCCCGCAAGAUAUUGCUUACGCCUCUCAAAGCGCUUGGCUGCAGAAUGAGACCAUCAAAGAGAACAUCCUGUUUAACAGCGAAUUCGAACAACACAGAUACGACCGUGUUAUCAAUGCAUGUGGCUUGCCGAUCGACUUCAACGAAUUCCCUGAGCGAGACGAGACAGAAGUCGGGGAAAACGGUGCAACGCUUUCAGGGGGUCAGAAGUCUCGGAUCGCCUUGGCCCGCGCAUUGUAUUCCAAAGCCCCCGUACUUCUGCUUGAUGAUAUAUUUUCCGCACUCGAUGCCAAGACUGCAUCCACAGUCUGGGCGGACUGCUUUUGUGGAGAUAUGUUGAAGGACAGGACUAUCGUGCUUGUCACUCAACUUCCUUGGAUAGCACCGCAGGCAGACCUAUCUAUUACCCUUGAAAAUGGAACUGUCAAGGAUAUUCAUGAAAACCCCGGUGUUACAAGAAAGCCGGUUGUGCUGGACAAACAACUUAUUGACGAAGGCAAUGUCGACACCACUGUUGAGACAGCAGCGAAGUUGGACGCAACCAAUGGCAAUGCCAAUGGCCACACGAACAGAGAUGAAAACAACGGUAAAGCCCAUGGGUCCAACACUGGCGCUGUAAAAACUUCUGAAGCCAAACGUCGUGACGAGGUAACGCAAGAAGCACUCAAAACGGGGCCUACUGCUCGGUUGCAAUUCUUCAAGUAUAUGGCUUAUUUCGGCAACCCGCUUAUUGCUGUUGGGGCAGGCCUUAUGAGCAUUCUGGGCACUGCAUCCGCGGUUGGUACUGGACUUUGGAUAGCUGUUUGGGUAGACGCCUAUGGAAGUGGUGAAGCCGGCAAUAUCGCAUUCUACCUCGGCAUUUACGGAGCCUGGAGUUUUGCUGAGAUACUUAUUGCCGCUCUUACUUUCGUGUUUUACGAGAGUGGUGGUUGGUAUGCUGCUAGAACGCUCCACAGUAUCUUCAUUGAAUCCGUCAUGAAAGUUCCGCUAUCAUGGUACAAGACGACGCCCAUUGGCAGAGUUGUCAAUAGAUUUUCGCGAGACAUGAACUCAAUCGAUAUGAGCCUGUCAAUGUAUCUGCGAUUUUGCUUCGAGGCUUUUACCCGCCUAAUUUUCCAGAUUGGAGCUGUCGGCUCCGUCAUGCCGGUCUUCAUGCUCCCAGCUGCGGUUUGUUGUGUUGUCGGCAUUCUUGCCGGCGAAAUGUACACGAGAACUGCUGUUGCGGUCAAGCGUAUCGUGUCUUCGUCGCAGUCUCCCCUGUUCUCGCAAUUUGCGGAUAGCUUGUCAGGCAUUGCGGUCAUUCGCGCUCGUGCAGGUAUGCCCAAGACAUUUGGCAAUCAACUCGCUGAGAAGCUACGUAUAUUCGAACGGGCCUCGGAGUCUCAUUACAACUGCAACCGUUGGGUAGCCUUGAAAGUCGAUAUGGCCACAACACUUGUGACAGUGGCUGCCGGAGCGAUUGCUGUGUCAAAGGCCGGCACUGUGGCUGCCGGUCUAGUUGGUUUCUCACUUACUAACGCUACAACCUUAAGUCAAAUCAUCAUUAUGCUUGUACGGACGAUGAAUGAGUUGGAGGUAGAAAUGCAAAGCUUCCACCGAGUGCGAGAAUAUGCCCUAGUUGAGCCUGAAGAGCAGCCAGACGAGUACAGAGAGCCCGGCGCAUAUACUGAUGACGAUACAACAAUCAUGCCGCAAGACUGGCCAAGAAGUGGUGAGGUUGAGUUUCGAGAUGUGACAAUUAAAUAUGACGCAGACGGCCCUGAGAUUCUCAAAAACAUCAACUUGAAGUUUGCUGCUGGUGAGCGGGUUGCCGUGGUGGGCCGAACAGGAAGUGGCAAGUCUACUUUAGUGCUAUCUCUAUUGCGCUUUACGAAUAUAGUCUCCGGGAAGAUAUUAUUCGAUGGUGUCGACAUCACGAGCUUCUCUCGUCAACGCUUGCGUGAGGCAUUGACUAUCAUUCCACAGGAAGCUGUUCUUUUCAGUGGUGACGUUGCGUCCAACUUGGAUCCCACUGGCGAGGUGCCAAAAGACACUGUGAUCAGAGCUUUACAAUACUGCACCGGGAUCGCAUCCUUUGAGUACCAAGAAGAAGAUGCAUCACAGGAGAGCAGCGGUGGCGAUGUCGAAUCCGAGAGUGGAACUAGUACAAAUGCUCAGAAGAUCAACCUAUCAACACCAGUCAAGGCAAAGGGUGAAAACUUCUCGCACGGUCAACGACAAGUGCUUUCGCUUUGCAGAGCUUUAGUGCGCAAAAGUAAGCUCAUGCUUCUCGACGAAGCGACGGCGAGUAUGGAUUACGAGACCGAUCAAGGUAUUCAACAGGUCCUGCGGAAGGAGUUGAAUGAACACGGAAGGGACAGGACGCUCGUCACAAUUGCUCACCGUCUAAAGACCAUUAUUGACUAUGACAAGAUUGUCGUCUUGAGUGCUGGUAGCGUAAUCGAAACCGGCUCACCCAAGGAGCUUUAUGAGGCCAAAGGACAGUUCUACGAUAUGAUGAAGCAUAGUGGAGAGUUCGAGGAUCUCGAGAAAUCCUUGAUUGCAAAGGAAUAAAAGAUGGAAAGACUGGGUCAAGCGGCGAUUUGAUGCAUAUAGAAUUCUGAAGACUCGAGAGAGAAUUUAAAUGCCCAUUACCGGCAACGACCCUGAUGAUCACCCAUAACUCUUAGGCCUAUGUGAGUCUUGUGAGUGCUUGUGACGGAG